AUGACACUUAUCACCCCUACACUUCGCAGCAUCUCCUUGCAUGUACAUGAUCCAAACAGCAUCGGGGGCAACCUGCCUACAGACCUCGAGCAAGUUGCUGCAAGCCUCCUGCUCCCUAUUAGCGCAAAUACUCCCUCUUUGCGGCAGUUAGCUGUCUAUGGUGUGCGAGAUCCCUCGUGGUUGACGCCGGUCACUGCCUGGAAUGCUUUGCAGAUUUUGGAGCUCGGCACGGAUCACCUCAACACGCCUCUGCUAGACUAUCUCUGUGCGUCAGGAAGCCUAGUCGAUCUCACUGUGGGUAUCUAUUCGUUACCAGAGAAUAUAGCUAGCUACCGAGGUUUUGAGAAUUUGCAGAAGCUGACCCUAUAUGGGAAAUCCAAGACUAUCAUCCAGUUCUCGCCCAGUGUUACCUCUUCUCGCUUGCGCUAUCUUACGUUAAUGGUGGGAGACUUCAAGGAUCCCGAAAGUUUCGAAGAUUGUGCCCCGCUAUUGUCGUUGUUGUCUUCAAGGUAUCCCUCAUUGCGCAACUUUGAACUCUGCCUCCUGAAAGCUGUUGUCACAAACUCUACCACGUCAGCCUGUUCAAUCUUUGAACCGCUCACCUCAAUGUGUAUGCUGGAGACCAUCUGUGUAUACAUCUCGAGGGCAUAUGACAUGGCGGAUGGAGACUUCGCGACUUUACCAGCCUUUUGGCCCGCCUUGAAGGAGUUCGUAUUUCUUGUCACUAAUGGUGCCAACCCUCUGUCUGUCCAACCCCGCACUCUUGUCUAA